AUGUUUCUUGAACAGGGAAGUAGUAGUACGUCCGCGUAUGGUGAAGCUCAAGUUCUACCCUUUUUCGAUUACCCGUCAUUUAUCAAAGAACUUAAAUAUACAAACUUAUUUCUGUUGAUCGAUAAAGUUGAAGUUGAAUCUAUAAUCCAAAUGUUAACAGACCGAAAGGUUCGUCCUGAAACUUUUAUUAUUAAGAAUGUCCAUACAAAUAGUGCUGCUUAUGGAUUAUGGACGGCACCAUACUAUGCCCCAAUAUUCAGUACCCAUAUUCAUGUUGAAGUACAUUUCUCUUAUAUGAAUAGUGGGUCCGGGGACAUUCUUAUCAAAGAAUUUCAGUCCCGGCUUAAAUCUUUUCAACGACUUGAACUUGUAAAAUGGAACUUUUCCGAGUGUGAUUGGAGCUGGUUAAAUAAUUGUACAAAUUUGAUCGAAUUUGCAAUUACAAAUCCUCCACCUCAAGUCUCUAGAAUUUUGGGUACAGAGAAUGAAUCUUAUAAUUUUAAGCCAUCGAAAAACAAGAGGUCAAGGGCUUUAACUGAACAUUGGCAUUUUGACAAAGAUGACGACAAAACUCUUCAAUGCAAAAAUUUUACUUUCAUCCUAGAAAAAAGAAGGUGCUGUAUUGGAGAACUUAAAGGGUAUUUAACAUAA